AUGCUUAAAACUUCACGAAGCUUAGGAGUUGUACAGAGACUCCGACUUGUCAAACAACACUCUACCAAUGCAGCUUCUGCUUCGUCCAUUGAUUCGAAGGAGGUUUGCGAUUUUGUGAUUAAAGUUUGGUUUCAAAAUGUACUUUUCAGCUCGAAAAGUUUGGAGACUUAUCAACAGAUUGGGCAGAUGAGCUAGGCUCUUUUCAUGCACUAUAUUCUUUGAAUAGGAUACGAGUUCCUUGGAUUGUUGAUAAUGUGGCAAGAAAGAAGGUAUCCCUCAUAUCUCGGCAACACGAAGCACGCUAGUUCAGCAAGGUGACUCUCCUCGUCUCGUGGACGUCGGUAGUGGGGGCGGGCUUCUUUCUUUUCCUCUCGCGAGGAGUGGUUUUAACGUCACUGGAAUUGAUGCGACCAAGCAGGCUGUAAGGUUAAACAGUCAUCUUGAAUAAUUCAUGAAACUAGGUUCAGGUAGAAGCUGCAAGACAUACACUAGAAGCAAAACCGUUUAAAAUUUCUGGAAUUGCUGACCAGCUGCGAUUCGAGCAUACAAGUGUAGAGGAGUUUUGCCAGAAGACAGAGAACAAGUCUGGUAAGGCAAAUUAGACGGAACAGAUGGUCAGAUUUGAUCAAUCAAAAAUCAUGAGUAAUUGUGUGUCGGAAGACCAAGAAUUUGAAACUCUCAUCCUUUGUUCCUCCUCCUGUUUGGAAUGCAUAGCUGGUCAUGUUUUUUAUUGACUAGCAACCAUGUUCAAGUUUGCAGGUUCAAUUUGACAUGCCAGAAUACUUUACAUUGUUUGCUGCCCGCUUUCGCUUUCGAUCCCAUGUUUAGGCAGCUGCCGCCAUAGAGUUAGAGCAACUAGUUGCCUAGUACUUCUCUGCGUCCUCUCUUGUGACGAAGCUCCAUUCUUUUCAGAUGUUGUGCUGUUUUCUCGCGCGCCAAAAUAUCGAUUCCACUGGGAUCGGCGCUCAUCAGCGCUACUAACCAAGUGAGGGAGGCGACAUGUGUGCUCAGCUCUUUUCCCUCUUUUGUCGUGUGUUUCCUUGCUUGUCGGUUUCGAUUCGUCGUCGAACUGAACGGUAAUAUAUAGUCGGUAAUCAUCGGCGGAUUACAACGCAAAUAAUUUUGUCCUAUUGCUGAUGACUAACAAAUUUGUAUAUACCACACUUCCAACAUGCAGGUCGGGUCCAACAGAAGUUGUUCCGAUGUGCUGUGAAAUGUCUGGGCCUCAAGUGUGGGAUAUUUUGAUCGCAGAAGUUGUUGCUAAUACGCGCUUAGUUCACACAAUGAUCAUCAAUCUUGGGUCACUUUCACAGCUUCCGAGUAGUUUCCAACAGCCUUGUUAAAGUUAGUUUCUAACAGCUGUGUUACCGUCCCCAAUUUGGCUCGCAGUUUACCCUCUGUAGCUUCUUUCGAACUGAGAAUUAUUUAUCUUCAAGUACGUCAACUCUUUGACAUUUUCACUUACUCCACAGCUUCUCAUCGAUUUUUGUCUUCGUGGGGGGUGGGCAAGUCUCGUCUCUUCGUCUUUUCCACCUCUACCACUCUUGUUUGUGUGCGUGUUCGUCUCCUUGUCUCUCUCUCUUCCAUGCUUUCUCUCGCUGCGCCCCUUUCUCGCCUCUCUGACUGGAUCGGGCACUUUCGUCUUCCCGAUUCAGCUGCUGCUGGUCGCAUCAGUCCAUUUUGGACGCUCAUUCCGCUCAAAUUCGCUCACCGCAGCGCACACACUCACACAGCGACCGGCCGCCGUCCUAACAAACACGCGAACCCGUCGUCCUCUCUAACCGCGUACUUGCCCGUUAAGGUAGAGUCUUCUCUCCAAUGCAUCGAUAGUUGUGCCACGUGUCUGUAGAGAGUGAUUUGAAUUCAAGCAUUAGUAUUUAGAUGACAAAUCCCUCGGGCAGAAAGUUCUUUUUUCUUAUUAAUGAAUGCACGCCAACAAACACGGCCCAUACACGAACUAGAUCGAUUGCUAUUUUUGAAUUCCGAAAACAUGAAAAAUAUUCUCUUCAUUUUUCAUUUUCUCUUCACUUCUCAUUCUAUUCUUCCAGGUUAUGACGCAGUUGUGGCUUCUGAAAUUGUGGAGCACGUGGCCGAUUUGGGUGGUUUCGUCGCCUCUCUGGCUGAAUUGGCACGUCCCUCCGCGCCUAUCUUCAUAACCACCAUCAAUCGAACAUGGAUGAGCAAAUUGGCAGCGAUUUGGCUUGCCGAGGUUAGAACUGCUCCUAUGUUGCUUUCUAAACUCAAUUCAUCCCUACUGCCCUUCGGUGUUUGCAGACUCAAGCCAAAAUUUCUGAAAUUAGGCUUGAGUAUGCAAACACCGAGGGGGCAAGAGCGGUAAAUUGAGUAUCGCGCUGCUGCAUGCAACAUUUUCCCAUUUCAGAACGUGCUCAAGAUUGUACCGCCCGGAGUACAUGAGUGGGAAAAGUUCAUCACUCCCGACGAGCUAACUGCUCAUCUGGAAACAUCUGGAUGUCGUGUCACUGCUGUACACGGACUAAUGUUCCAUCCGAUCGGAAACCACUGGACAUGGAUCGAGUCGACACAGUGCAACUACGCGAUUCUCGCUGUCAAGCAGUGA